ACUGAGUCUACAUUACAUGAAUUACAUGUCAACCUUGUCCUACUUGCAGAAUAUGAUGUACACGCUGGUGAUGGUUGAUCCUGAUGCCCCAAGUCGCACCAAUCCCACGUCUGCUUACUGGAGGCAUUGGCUGGUCGUGGACAUACAGGGCAGCAGCCUGAAGAACGGAAUGGUAAAAGGCAGAACUCUGACUGAAUAUGCCCGUCCAACCCCACCACGGAAUUCUGGUUUUCAUCGUUACCAGUUCAUGUUGUUUGAGCAGCCGCCACACACGGAGAUUUCCCUGAGUGGGCUGACGUCGCGCGGAAUGUGGGAUCUAGAUCUCUUCAUUGAGAAUUUUGAACUGGGAAACUAUGUGGCCUUUCAGCAGUUUGAGACCCAGAACUACAAUGACUAAAGGAUGCCUGAGUGACGUCAAAGAAUAACAUAAAAUACUGUUCCUCACGUUUUGCAUGAAUUUGUUCCAGUGUGCACUCAGUCAGCUCAUUUUGUCUCUGUCUUAUCAUUGAGCUAAAAAUAAAUAAACGUAUCUGUGUCACAUGAUCUGUGGCAAGGGAUUUGGGAAAUAGAUUUUAACCUCACUGGGGAUUUCUUAUUAGUUUCCAAACAUCAUCGACAAGAGAAGGAAGCCGGCCUGAUGUGUCGCAGCUCAUUGUGGAAAGAGUUGAUUCUAAUUCAAGGGAGGAAACACGUCAGGGCCAAAAAAAAAAAAAAAAAGGAAGUGGGAGGUGAAACCGAGACCGCAACACAGCCGGAUGCCACAGUGGAACUUGAACCAAAAUACUUCAGAGUGACAGUUCAGGGGGAGGGGCUGCAGGCCCUGUGGUGUAUUGGGUAAAGGGAACUUGUUAGUGUCAUUGUUUUUCAUGUUUCCAUUGACCACUCUUUCACCAGCUGGAAAGAUUGUUCUAAUUUCUGCUCUGCAUUUGACUUUCUGAAGUAAAAGCUUCUUUCUAAAGAUCA